AGGUGCCCCUCGGGGAUCCUGCCCACCUGCGGGCGUGGGCGGACUCUGCGGGGCGCUGCCUGGCGUCCCACGGCGAGACCAGCGAGUCCGAGAUAAGGAUGCUUCUCCGGCCGCCGCCUUUCUCGUCCCCGUCCCCAGGCCCCGAUUCCCACCCUCGGUCCUUUGCCUCCGGGGGCCGCAGGCUCCCUCUGCUCCCCAGCCUCCGGCGCUGGAUUGGGAGCCUGGCGGGGGGCACGCGGAGAUCCGAGGUCCUGGCCCAGCCGGUCUUUCCGGAUAGAGUGAUUUUCGUUUAAAGAUUAAUGGUGAGACCGAGCUCUUAAUUAUUCGUCUAGGUGGGAGGUGGCUGGAGAGAAGUGUUAAUAUUUGAUAAGGAGCUAAAGGCGCUUUCAGAGCCGGCAACUUCUCCGUGACCCCACAGCCCUUCACAGAAGACCUGGUCCUGGCCGAUCGACCCUUGGAAUGGUUCUUGGGGUCCACCCCCGCCAAACCUCCCCUCCGAAGUCGGGGCUCCCCCUUGGAGUGGAGUGAGGGGCCCGGGGCCAGGGUCCCCUCGGCGGCAGACGGGAUAGAGUGUGCCACCUCGUGGAAGGGACUUAGCUGGCCGUGUGGGGGACAGGGAAUAUUUUGCAGCAACUCCUAAUUCCCAUUCCCAGAGGGGAAGAACAGCGGGAAAAGGCAGAAUGUUAAAAUACUUGUCGCUUGGACAUUUGAAACCUACUAAGCAGCUUGGAUUUAGUAGAAAGAAUUAUAAUUAACUCGAGUGCAUCGCCGUUGUAUGGUACUGGGUAUGUCACUUAAACAGUCGUCUCACAGUGUAGGGACAGUAAAUUGUCACACCAGAUGUUCUAAAAAUUCCAAUAACAUAAAGGGCGUGUGUGUGCGUGAGCGUGCACACGCGCGUGCUCCUUCGUGUGGCUGGCUCGUGGCAGAUGCCCCUACACGGCGGUUAUGAGGCCCUACCCAUGGUCUGGGGCCAGCUGGAUCUGUUGCCGCUGAGUCUCUCACAAACUCUGCUCCCCCUUUUAAUGACUAAGACCUGUUUUCCUCCACCCAUUCACCCCCGGGUUAGAAAGUGACCCGUUACAGAUGGAAAUCCCUGGAGCAUCUGCUCCUACUGAGAGAGGGGACAGGAGAGGAUACUUGGCCCCCUUCAGAGCCCCAGACCCCCGGCCAGGAGGUGCUGGGACUUUGCCCAGGACGCACAAGGGUUUUGCUGAGCUGGUGUGCAGGAUUGCCCCCCCCCCAGAGCAAGGUCCAAGAGAGGGAGCUUCUUAGUCUUGGAGGAAGGGGGAUGGGGUGGUAGGUCAGUUAAAGGUGGGGCAAUGGUUGGAAUGGGCACAGUUUAGGGGGCAUGGUUUGUGAGUAGCCCCUCUCCUUCCCAGGCCCCCUUGGAAGUGACCUGAGACAGUGGGCUGAAGGUUUUUAUGAAAGAGUACGUGAGUUUGAGCGGAUGGUCCUCUCCCUGAGAGGGAAAACCCCACCCUCUCCCCAGGGACACAGCUCUGCCCGCUGGUCUUGGCCUCCUCACCAGUGUGUUUCCCGGCUCCAGCCUCCCGAAAAGGGUAGUUAGAACACUGUUCAGCCAAACGGGUCAAAAGUCUCUGUGAUUAAGACAGCGGAUCAGAGGUCACCACAGGAGAAGCUGGAGCUGAGCCCUGGAAGAGCACAUUCCUAGGCAAAGCUCCACCUGGAGCAGAUGGGCCCCUGGGAAGUUGAGAGGGGCUCCACCCUUGGGAGCUGGCUCCCAGGACCUGGCUUGAACCGGAAUAGCCUCUCCCUCUCCCAGGGCUCACUGCUGAGGAGAGGCAGGCUCAGCCAUCACCCAUGCACACGGGGAUUGUAACAAGGAACCUCUCGGUGCACACAACUACCAGUCCUCCAUCUGGACCCUUGGGAGCCCUGGGAGUGGUGCUACCUUCUGUCCCUGGUGCUCAGAAAAGCAAAUGACCUCUGCUGCAGAGGUUAAGCAAGAGGCUGAGCAAGGUUGGAAGGCAGGGAACAGACUGCAGCUUCAGCGCUCUGCCCACCUAAGGGGACGGGACUGCCUAGGUGCUGACCGCUGCCUUUGCAGAGUGGACCCAUGUGGGGGUCCCCCGGGACAGCAGCUCCUAGGGGCUGCACCACUUGGACGAAGAUACUGCACCUUUGCCAAAGAGUCACACUGGUGCUAUGAAGUUCAAGCCGAGAACCCUCAAUUCAGCUGCGAGGGGCCUGACCAAUGGGGUGGAGACUGCCAGAAGAGCCACCAGUCACCCAUCAACAUCAUGACCAAUGAGACCAGGCUGGACCACCACCUGGGGGACUUCUCCUUCUCUGGCUAUGACAAGAAGGAAAGGAGGACUGUCCAGAACAAUGGGCACUCAGUAAUGGUGUCACUGGAGUCUGGUGUCGCCAUCAAUGGAGGAGGCCUCACCACACAGUAUCGGGCCACGCAGCUGCACCUGCACUGGUCCGAGAAGGUAGACAAGGGCUCGGAACACAGCCUUAACGGGCAACGCUUUGCCAUGGAGAUGCACAUCGUCCACGAGAAGGGGGCAGGCACAUCAAGCGUCGAGGAAGAGAACCCUAAAGACAAGAUUGCGGUGCUGGCCUUCCUGGUAGAGGAGGGAGAUGAACUCAAUGAAGGCUUCAGGCCCCUGGUGGAGGCCCUGGACCGUAUCCCCAUACCCAAUAUGAGCACCACAAUGGAACCAAGCAGCAUAAUGGACCUGCUGCCCAAGAAGGGGAAACUGAGGCACUACUUCCGCUACCAGGGCUCGCUCACCACACCGGACUGUGAUGAGACCGUUGUCUGGACCGUGUUCAAGGAGCAUAUUCAGCUCCACAAAGACCAGAUCCUGGCAUUCUCCCAGAAGCUGUAUUAUGACAAGGAGCAGAAAAUGAGGAUGACAGACAACGUCAGACCCCUGCAGCAUCUGGGAGACCGUCUGGUGUACACGUCCCGGGCCCCAGGACAGCUACUGCCCUUGCCCCUGCCUGCUCUGCUGGUGCCCACACUCACCUGCCUGGUGGCUGGUGUCCUCCGGUGAUGGCUCAUUCCUGGACAGUGCUCUCUGACCUCAGCCCUCAGAGGCUUGGCUUCCAUUCCUUUUGCUUCUCAGGUUGGACUUUGGGUGAUUAAAAUAUGGGUGUAUUUUUUGAGAAACCUUUCUCAAGUCUGUUUCCCGCAACUGCUUCUGCGCUGUGCCCAUUGCCCGACCCGUUCCAGGGCGGGGGCCUUGAGGCCUGGAGAGCUCUUCUACACAGGCGCUGCCAUGUGUCCUGCGUCUCUGAGGGAAUUCCAUCUCCACCCCACUCCCUUCUGCCCUUGGAGGGCCUAUGUGGUGAAUGCAAGAGGAGCUCCAGCCUAGUCUCUUCAGUUGGGGAAACUGAGGCCCAAGAAGGCGCGGCUGGAUAGAGGCCAUGUACUGGGACCAGGGCAGAGUCCACCACAGCAUUGGCCCAGUGCUUUCUCCUCUGUCCCGGGGGAAGCAGGGGUGUGUGGGGUCCCAUUCAGGCAGGGUGGGAGCUGGGAGUGCAUAUGUUUGCACACACACUUUCUCAGCAUUUAUGUUCCAGGCACUGGAGAUUUGGCAAGGGUGUGGGGAGAGAAGAGAUGGAGCGGGUGGGACAGAGGAAAGUGCCUCCCUCCUGGGGUGCGCAGUCCUGUGGAGAGUCGGACUAUAAAUAAAAGGGACACAGGGACACGUUGUCUGUGACAUCAGAAGGCAGCC